AUGUUCGAACAAUUACGUGAUGGGAUUCGGAAGAAGAAAAUUCCGCGGAAACGUUAUGAAGAAUCCGCUCCCCCUCAUGGCCAGAGCCCUGACCGCGACGAGCGCGACAUUGAGCCAGAUGAUGGAAUAGAAGACCCUGGCUCAAGGAACUUGCUCUCCUUGCAAGCAAUUAAACCAUACCGCCGCGACCCGAUACCCGAGCCAAAGAACCUCCUUCCCCGCGUGCAGCACGUAUCUCAAAAGACCGUUGAAAAGAAAUGGGCGCCAUUAGAUCCUGCUGCUCAGCAGUCGAUCGAACAACUCAUCCAAAGUAUUCAAAUUCCGGUGCUUGCAAAAUUUCCAACAGAACAGAAUAAAGCCGAAGCACAAGAGCUGUUGCAGUCCAUCAGACGUGAGAUGCAGCAACGUAUUGGCGAAGGUACUGAAAGUAUCUCUCGGCUACAGCAUGAUCUAGAACAACAGAAGGAGACACUUGAGACGGAGUUGGGCGAAUGCGAGAUGCUGGAGUCAUCUAUCCACCAGCAAGAAGCAGCUUUAGGAGAGUCUAGAUAUCUGUCCCCGCCGGACGAUGGAGCCAGAAUCGAUGAUAUGCCUACUAGCAUUAAACUUGUACAAGGACGCUUGAAUUGA